UAUAUAAAAAAUGGCAUCAGAAAUAGCGUUGUGUGCCUUCUUCUGUUUGAGUUUCAUUCGUGGUAGCUUCCCCUUACUAAUCCAUUAUGGAAUGGCUUCGUAUAAAGUACCAAGUUUACUGUUCUUGUUGAGAACACCAGGAACUAUCGUCUUGUUUGGUAUUUCCACUUUGUAUUUAUACUUGAAAGGAUCAGAUUCGAAAUUAGAGAUAACUAAUAAUUUGAAAAGUGCAAGAAGUUAUAGGAGAGCAGCAAUAUUAGGAUUUGUUCAACUAUCUGGGCCUUAUCUCCUCUUCAUGUAUGCCUUGAAAUUCUUAAGUCCAACCGUAGGUGCAGUCUUCAUGAGCUCUACACCCUAUUGCACACAAUUCAUACUAAAAUUACUAUCCAUAACAUCUCAGAGGAACUAUGGUAAUCGAUGGAAUUCAUCAUCCACUCUAAUUGGUGUUUUUGGGAUACUUGCUGUUACUAUGGCUAAUAUUUUCAUUGUCACAAUGGAUACCACUUGUGAAGCAAGAUAUGACAAUCUUACAGGAAAUAGAAGUGAUGAAGUUGUACAAGUUAAGCCAAAUACAUGUUUUACUUCUUUGGAAGUUUCCACUGCAUGUCUUGCACUGUUUGGGGCAACCUGUUUGUGGUCUGUCAGUGCAGUGAUUUCCCAGUUGAAGAGGGUGAAUGUUUUUUACUUGAUUGGUGGCCUUUUGAACAAUGCAUUUGCUGGUGUUUAUGCUGUUAUAAUAUGGGUUGUUGUUCAACAACAUAUUAACACAGACAAUGUUGUGUGGAACAGUGUGAAGGGCUCAUUGUCUGUUUCUUUUCUUUCAAUUGCUUCCAGUUGGAUAGCGUCAUUAUUAUUGUAUUAUCUAUACCAGUCAUUAGGUGCUAAAUCAACAAACAGAGUGAUGUGUCUUGUACCCAUUAUUACCUGGCUAGAAGACUUACUCUUUCUUCAUCAUUUAAGUGGUUCUCAAUUAUGGAUUGGUGUUUUGGAAGCCUUUGGUCUUGUGUUAGUUGUUGCUGGUCUUUAUCUCUCAUCUAAUGAACAAGACAAGAAUCGCUUUGAAGAACCUCUAUUACCAGGCUACUCGUCAGAGGAAGAUGAUGCUGAAGCUGUUGAAAGAGAAAGUGAACUGACCAACAACCCAAAUUCUGAGGAUGAAUUAUCACAGUCAGGUAGCAGUUUGCAAGAAUCACUGGAACCUCCAAUUAUUCAUUAUGUAGAAAAUGACAAUAACAGUGAUGGCAUUUAGUAGUGUACCUAAGUACUGUAUUUUUAUAUAUUGUACAUAUCCUGUUCAUGUCAAGACUGUAUGUGAAGGUAAAACUACCAUGUGCAGAGGUUUGUAUCAUAAAACUGUGGUGUAUUUAUUUUA